AUGCGGUCAGUGGCUCGAGGUGUAACAACAAAUAUCAAAAAAUUGAUCGAAGCUCGACCACAAGUUCCAGGACAAACUGUUUAUUUGACACAUGUAAAAUGGGUAACAGGAAAACGUUAGUUUUUUUAUUGUUGUUAAAUAUAUUUCGAAAUAAUUUUGAUAAUUUUCAGCACAAUUAGAGCAUUAUUUUAAACGAUAUGGAAAUAUUCAAAGUGUUAACAUGUUUUAUGUAAGUAAAUAUUUUGAUAUCUAGAUUUAAAAAAAAAAGUUGAAUAAUUUCAGGAUAGCGAAACAGGUCUUCAUCGUGGAUUCGCUUCAAUCACAUUCGAAAAUAAAGAUAGUGCAACAAAAGCAAUCGAGCAGCGACCACAUGUCAUAGAUGGAGAUAGAGUAAGUUAUUUUCUUUUCCUCAUUGAUUCAGCCUGAAGUACAUACGAAAAUCUUUUUAACCAAUAUUUCUUUCAACAAAAAAAAUAUGAUGCAAUUUUUGCAGAUUGAUGUCGAACCGUAUAUUCCAAUGAUUUCGAAAAACAAGAAAAAGGAUAUCAUGUUGUAG